AUGCAUGAGUCAUUAGAUCUUAUUAUGAAUCAAUUAGAUCUUUUGGACACAUUACUACAUCUUGAAGAUUCAUUGGUCUCCGAUUUUCUUAGGCGGUCAAACACGAUGCCUUACUUUUGUGUGAGCUGGGUUCUCACAUGGUGUAGUCAUGACCUUCAUGAUUUCUCCAAGAUUACACGUUUAUUCGACUUGUUUAUCGCGUCGAACCCGUUGAUGGCCUUAUAUUUAUCAGCCAGAGUUAUUAUCAGUCGUCGUAAAAAAUUGCUCCUACUGGAGUGUGAUAGCUCAAUUAUCCAUGCAUUUUUAUCAAAGUUUCCACAAGAAAUUGAUGUUGACGAACUGAUUUUUCGAACUCUUCAACUUUAUCAAAAAUAUCCACCACAUGAACUUCAGGCAAUUUCUG